AUGCUGGGCCUGGACAAUGCGGGUAAGACCACCAUCUUGAAGGCCUUGUCGCAGGAAGACAUCAGGGACAUCAUGCCAACCCAAGGCUUUAAUAUCAAGAGCGUGGUGCAGGAGGGCUUCAAGCUGAAUGUGUGGGAUAUCGGAGGUCAAAAGGCCAUCCGCUCCUACUGGAGCAACUACUUCGAAGCCUCUGAUGCCUUGGUCUACGUGAUUGACAGCUCCGACCGCAGGCGCCUGGAAGAGAGCACGGAGGAGCUGCGAGCACUUUUGGCAGAAGAAGCGCUGAGCACCAUUCCGUUGCUGGUGUUCGCCAACAAGCAGGACUUGCUGCAGGCAUCGCCUGCCGAAGAAGUUGCAGAAGCCCUGUCCCUAUCGUCCAUCUCCGACCGCAUUUGGAACAUCCAGGCCGCCAGCUUCCGCGGGCAGCCGGUGCUGGUGACGGGCCUCGGGGGGUCGGAGCCAACGGUCGAUGUGCAGGAGGUGGUGCAGGUCAGCAAUGGCCGCAAUGAGGACGGCCAGCGGCGCCAUGUGAGCGCUGUACUGGCGCAGUAUCUCGCUGAGCCUCGAGAGCUGCCCUUGGAGAAGGAUGGCCGAACAUCCCUGCCAACGGUCUUUUUGUCGGACCUGCUGAGCGGGCUUCAGCGCAAGCUAUGGCAGAACCUGCAGCUACCGCAGCUGGUCGACGGCUUUACAGCCAGGCCGAUUCUGUCAAUCGGCGUGAACAGCUCCGGCGAGGACUUCCACGCACACCAGGAGACAUGGCUUUGGCUGCUACUGGGCGUGAAGGCCUGGUGGUUCGGCGAUGCCAAGAACCUUUCAAAGCUGAGGAAUUUGGAUCCCUGCACACUGCCCUCCAAGAUGAGUGGCCUCCGGUUCUGUGUGCAGCACCCUGGGGAAGCAAUUUUCUUUGGGAACCAGGCUCAUGCCACCUGCAAUCUGGAGAAGUUUGUGCUGGGCGUGGGUGCCCAGGGGCGCGACGAGAGCUGGCCCAUGCUGCUGCGCCAGCUCCGGCGUGGCAAGGUGCCAGAGCUGAAAUCAACGGAGGCCAACGCAGUGCGACCUGGCGGCCGCAGCGCGCUGCACGAGGCGGCAGUGUUUGGGCACCAGGAGGCCGUGCGGCGGCUACUGGCUGCGCGGGCCUCCCCGCUGGCAGCCGAUGGUGAAGGCUUGCGGGCCGCUCACGUGGCUGCCCUGCAUGGCCAUGUGCCGUUGCUGUCGAUGCUGCCCGGAACCCCUGGGUUGCUGCAGCACGGAGCCAUGCAAGGGCACGUCGAAGUGAUGGACGCCUUGUUGCAGCAAGAUCCGCAGCGCCUGCACGAGCGCAGCGGGGCCGGGGCGACAGCGCUGCACGCCGCUGCAAAGGGCGGACACUUGGAGGCCACAGACUUCCUAUUGGGGCGCCGCGCUGGGCUGGAGGAAACUUCCCAGGACGGCCUCACGGCUCUGCACUUUGCCGCUUCAGCAGGGCAUUUGCCGACCGUACGCCGGCUGUUGAAGCGGGGCGCCCAAGGCGCCCAGGCAACAAACGGGGGUCUUUUGCCCAUCCACCUGGCGGUGAAGAGCGGAAGCUGGCUGCUGGUGAAGGAGUUGAUUGACAAGGCCAUGCCCAAGGACUUAGCGCACCUUGCCGCGGAGGGUGGCCGACUUCGGGUUCUGGAAGGGUUGCUGGCAGAAAGGCCUGAGACGGCAGCAGCUGCGGACGACCAAGGCUUCCAGCCGCUCCACCGCGCCGCCUUAGCGGGCCACCUUGGGGCCCUGGAGCUUCUGAAGGUGCCCAUUUCCUCUCCCGACCGGCACGGCUUCACGGCGCUGCACUUUGCCGUCAAGGGCGGGCAUGCAGCUGUGGUGCAGCAGCUGAUCCGGCGCAGGGCAGAGGUCGGCGCCAAGUCGAAGGAUGGCACCUCGCCGCAGGAGGUGGCGCGAAAGCUGGGUCAGCGCCACCUACUGUCCUUGUUGACUCGGACUGGCAAGGGCAAGCCGGAGCUGUGA